AAAUAAACUCAAACCCAAACAGUUUUCGGAUGACCUUCUACCCGAAAGCGUCGAAGAUUGUGGCUUGUGGUACAAACGUUUAAAAUGCUAAAAAGAUUAACACGUAGUAACACAACAACGAGUCCUGAUAAAAUUCACGUUUUCAAACCGGGAUCUUAUGUUUGGGCGAAAAUGGAUAGAAAAUUUUGGCCAGGUAUUAUCGUAUCUCAUCGAGAUAUCGGUAUGGAAACAGCUGAAACAGGAAAAUGUUGGGUGUUUUGGUUUGGAGAUCACCGUGUUUCUAACGUAUCUUGCAAGAUAUUAAAAGAUUUCUGUCAGGAAUACUUUAGGUACAUUACAAUACCAGAAAUGUAUUGCAAAAAGUGGGUUCAAGGGAUUGCUGAAUGUCUUAGGGAAAUCGGUUUACCAGAUACACAAACGCUAUCAAUACCAGAUUUAAAAACUUGGGCUAAAUCGAAUUUAGAGAAUGCUUACCUCACUAAAUACUUUGUAACUAAUUUUGUCAAAUCUAAAUUGGAUAAAAUUCGUUCUGAAAACUUAAAGCCAGCAAAUGAUGAAUAUGACACUUUCACUAGUCGUUGCAUUCCAUCAAUGGAAAGCACAAUGGAAACAGAAUUUUCAGUCGCGUUGCCUGUAGAGGUCUCAAAUCUUGAAGAUAACAUCGAUAGUGUGAAAGAGUGUGCAAAUCACAUAGUUCGCCAAAUCAUCGCAGAUUAUAAUAUGGGGAAAAUAUCGACUCUUCGUAUUUGUAUGGGUUGUUAUAGCGACAAAAUAUCGGAUGAGCACCCCAUAUUUAAUGGUUACUUUUGUACAGAUUGCAACAAACGAUUUAAAAAAACGUAUUGUAAAAUAGUCCCAAAUUUAAAGAAGGAAUAUUGUACCGUUUGUGGAUUUGCUGGAGAUAUGCUUGUAUGCAUGAAUAUAAAAUGUAAAUUUGUUUAUUGCACAAUUUGUAUUCAAGAUUUAGCUGAGGUAGAUGCUUACGCAGUUCUUUCAAAAAAAAAGAAGUGGUUCUGUUUUCUUUGCGCUCCUAACAGAACGUGUAGAGGAGUUUUAGUACCAAGAGAUGGUUGGGAAGAUAAUGAGAACAUGAUCGUCCCAACCCAAAAGCAAGUUCUUUUUUCAAACAAAUAUAGCAAUCAAUCAUCAGCAUUCAAAGAUAAGGAAAAGAAAGAAAGAAGGUCUUCUAACAUAAAAUUGAUUUUAUCAAUCAUCGAAACUUUUAAAAACAAAUCGGGAUUUCACUAUUCCGGAAAUUCCAAUGAAUGCAUAGAAAUAACUAAAAGUAAUUAUCCCGAAAUGAUGCAAUUAUUAACUUCGAGAAAAGCACCAAAAGAAAAUUUAUUUCAGAAUGUUAUGCCUAUAAAUGUGUUAAUAUGCGACCAAAGAUCUAGAAGUGAGAAUAUAUGCCCUACUAAAAUAAUGUGCGAAUUUUAUCAAUUGAUUAAAUGUCUUAAUCAAAUUCAAGAUGAUCCUUGCUAUUGGAUAUUUGAGUGGAGUAAAAAUAUAGAUGUGUGCCAACGCGUUAAUGUCACAAGGUUUUUAAAAGAAUAUCCAGUAUCACAUUUAGAACAAAGAUUAAUUUGGUGCAAUUUUCCAUUAGACACAGAAAAUAUAGAUUUAUGUUUUCGAAACAUUUUAUUCACUGAACCAUUUUGUUACAAAGAACAACCAAAAAUAAGCAAUUUUAAUGGCGAUACAACAACAUAAUUAAGCAUCAAGUUUAUAUUGGUUAAAAGAUAGUAAAUAUUUUAUAGUUUUAAUAAAUAAAUAAAUGUUCUAUCGUUUUAAUA